AUGUCGAAGAACCGCACCCGCAUCCCAAUGGGAUCACUCAAUGACAUGGCUUCAACUGUUCGCGAUAAGAAGAAUGCAUCCAAAACUAAACCUCUAGGAUCUACCCAGUUACAAAAAAUUCAAAAGCUAGCCAAGGAUACCAGUAGCGAUGAUGACAGUGGCACUAGCAGCUCCGACGACAGCUCCGGAAGUGGUAGCGAUAGCGAAAACGACCUCGAGGCUGCCAAGAGCAAGUACGCUGCAAAGCAGGCAACUAAGCGCAAGGUUACUGAACCAAAAGCGAACGUUACUAAGUCUGGACCUACCAAGACUAUCCCGAACGCGGGCGCAUCAUCAUCUAAAGCUUCUACUAAGGCAGCAGCUUCAGCAGGUCCUAAUGAAUCUAACUCCGAUUCCGAUUCCGACUCCGAGAGCUCAGAUUCUAGCGAUGGUGGCCCGACUAAGAAUGGCGCGGCGGUAAAAGGGGGAAAUAAAGAUGAGAAGGAAGCAGAGAGUUCAUCGGACAGCGAGAGUGAUGAUGAAAAGCCCAGUGCACAAAAGGCUGUCGAGGCUGAAUCUUCUAGCGACGAGGCUAGCGAUAGUAGUUCCGAUGAUGAGAGCGAGGAAGCGCAUGGCAUGGAGAUAGAUAAUGACCAGGCCGCCAUUUCUAGAGUCAAUGGCAAUGAUGCUUCUGAAGUUUCUCGACCUGGCUGGCUUAAUAGCUCUGAAUUUACGAUUCGCAAAGCUUCAUCCGACAACCCCGCCAAAGACGUUGCAGAGUUUUUUAACAAAACUAACUUGGAAGGGAAGCAGGUGUGGUACUUCACGGCACCAGCGUCAUUACCAAUUACUGUGCUCAGAGACAUAGAGAUUGAUCUAUCCAAGGCAACUCCUGGAGAAACAUUACUAAAUCAUAAGGGCGACGAUUACGGCCUAGACCUUGAGUCGCAUGCCACUAGCACACAGAUUCAGCUGCUUAUCCCUUCAAAAGGAGGAGAUAACUAUACUUCUCUGAAUCGUGGAAUCGACUCAACUGUGCAUCUCCGUCGCAUAGCUAAAUUCGGACCUGGUGGCACUGUCAGCGCUACUGCCACCGAGGAUUAUGCACCAGUACCGAAGGCCAUUCGAGAACAGCCACAGGGUCUAAGACCUCGUUUCACCCCUAUUGGCGUCCCUAGCUCUACGCCACAGGUCCAAUCCUUGGAGUCUCGUCCUGCACCGGUGGUAACGAGAGCAGUUUCUUCAUCUGAAUCGGAUAGUGAGUCGGAGAGUACAUCUGACAAAGACUCGGCGGUAUUACCUACCGCGACCAAUUCGAAAAAGUCCAAGAAACCAGAGGUUGUCAAUGGGAAGCUAAAGCGAAAACAACCUGAAGGAGAAGGCAAAUCAGCUCCAGUUCAAGAACCUCGAUCUCAGGAGAAGUCUGCAAAGAGACCUAAGACCACUAAACCCACAUCUUCCAAAGUUCCGAGCUCCAGCAAGGAAACGCCUAUCUUACCCCAGACACCAAACGGUAGUUCCAGCAACAAGAAGGCGAAGCAGGACAAAUCAAAGUAUUCGAUACAGUCAACGAAACAGACUCCAGUCCCCGUACCUAAAGUUUUUAGCAUGAACCGUUAA